CAUUCUUGUAACUGUGCUCACCGGCUUCACUGCCUAGUUCAAUACCUUUAUACUAACGCRUAAACGACUAGAAAUGCAAGAGCAAGGAAAGRAGAUGACGGAAAUUCAACCUGAGCCCAAAGCAAAAGAAACAGUCGCUUCUGUUGAAACGAAGAAAGAUUGCGAUGCCACACCGUCGGCCUCUUCUGUAAAUGAGAAUACUGAAAUUUCYGGCGCAUCRAACGUCACCUAUCGCAGCUCUCUGGAUACAACGCCUCGAAAGGUAGUUGUUCAUAACGUCUUGAAGUUCUUAAACAAGAAGGAUCUUGAUGCGAUGGUUCAAUCGUGGCUUGACGAUGCCAAAAAAAAUGAUGGAUUUCGACUUGUAAUCGAUCGUUAUAGAAAACCCCCUCGCAACGGAUGGGUCACUGUUACAGUAGCAGAGGAUUGCAUGGUUGAACCUUUUAUAAAACUAAUUAAUGGAACUAAGAGAGUCAACAAACGAGGGCAGAUCAUGGUGGCAAAAAGGGCGGGCGAAGAUUCUGGCAAUAGGAAGAAACGUAGCCGAGACGGCAACGACUCUACUACCGAURGCAAGCGAGCUCGGCAUGAUGUUCCYGUUUGCCCUACACCAUCACAAAUUCGGAGCAAGCUGACUGCACUCUGGGCAGAACCAUACCAAAUCCAAUUGGAAACCAAAAAGAAAGACAUGAUUCGAAACUGCGCGAUGAAGAUUGAGAAAGAGAUGAAAGCAAGAUUCCGUACGAUCGAAAAAGAGGCGAGACGCAAUCCCAACAAAAAAGAGAAACCAAAACAGUUUGCUUGGAUAAAUGCGACACCUAGUAUUAAAGUAGAAAAUGUGAUGAACAGUCCAGUCAUAACAAAAUACCGGAACAAAUGUGAGUUGACAUUUGGCUACCGAUGUCCGGAUGAAAGUGAGAGUGGCACAGUUGACAAAGAAACUCAGUCAGAAAAAAACGGAGAAGAAAUCCAAGAUAGAGAGAGAGUCCACGAAAAAAAUAKACACAGCGCUGAUGAAUCGGUACCCGGAAAAAYCGGCAUCUCUUCACGUAUUCCUACCCUUGGAUUCCUCCCAUAUGGAUGGCGCCAUUCUGUAGCCCGCCCUCACUGCUUGCAGAACAUACCCGAUGAAGUUUGUGCAAUAUCUGACCUGAUUGACGACUUUCUAUUGAGCAGUCCAUUUGCGCCGUAUGAAWCUGGCGUCCAUCGAGGUCUAUGGAGAUCCSUUACGAUUCGCAGCUCGGAACGAACUGGAGAGGUAAUGCUGAUUGUUGUUCAUGCGUCACCGGAGGGCGCAGCGGGAGACGAAAAGCCAGAAUCUGACAGUGAAAAAUCCAGGAAGGAAAAGCGCGAUUUGUUUGAAAAAGAGAGAGAUCGAUUGGUUGCAAUUUUAACCAAAAGUAGAUUGUCAAUUCCGAAACGAGAUCUACCAAUGGUUGAUAUAAUCAAAGAAAGUGAUAAUGCGAAGGAUGAGAAGGUGACAACUGGUAAUGAAAAGUCCGUAGAGAGAGAGGAUGAAGUAGCGAAGGAAGAAACUCCUGUUUUUUCGGUCACGUCUAUUUUCUUUCAAGAAUACAAUGGUUUGUCAAAUCCUUCCGUAUCACAUCCUGUUCAACACAUCUACGGGACGAAAUUCAUCACUGAAAAGCUUGGAAAGAACACAUACCAGAUCAGCCCUGGAGCAUUUUUCCAAGUUACAACUGCUGGGGCAGAGAUUUUGUAUGAUGUUGUUGCUGAUAGAAUUAGAGAAGUCAGUUCCGACCCUUUAGGAACUYUAAUGUUUGAUGUAUGCUGUGGCACUGGUACGAUUGGAUUGCACUGUCUGACCGAAGGAGUAGUUGGUAGAGUGGUUGGAGUAGACAUUUCAAAACCYGCAAUUGACGAUGCAUUGGCAAAUGCKAUACGAAAUGGUUUUGGAGAUGAGAAAAGUAAGGGUAAGACUCGUUUUGUUGCCUCGCGGGCCGAGCUUGUGAUGGGAGAUGAACUGCGACGUGCCAACAGUACAAUUGGUGGUGCAAAUUCACCGCGCUCGAUUGUUGCCGUAGUGGAUCCCGCUCGAGAUGGGCUUCAUCCAAACGUGAUCAAAGCUAUUCGAUCUACAAAGGAAAUUCAGCGGCUAGUUUAUGUCAGCUGUAAUCCAACUGGAUCAUUGGUUAACGAUGCAGCUAUACUCUGUGGUCAUGCGACAAAUAAAUAUCGAGGACUGCCAUUCAAACCGACGAGAGCCCAGCCAGUUGACAUGUUUCCUCUCACCCCUCAUUGCGAAAUGGUAAUGACAUUUGAUCGUAUGACWGAAGAGGAAGUCCGAGGAGAAUCAGAGAGUGCCGCCAAUCGACUCACCGGCACUUGUUCGAACAAGCAAUUAGAAGAUAAAAAUGAAGAGGUCCAAGAAGCCGAAGACACCGAUCCUAACAUAUGACCAUGAAUUGUUUGAAAGUCUCAAUUAUCUUCAGAAAAAUAUGUCUUCACAAACACUAAGGGAAAGUAUUGAUAAAAUACUAUCUUAUUUUUCCCAAAUAUUUUAACUAGGGAUAUUCUAUUGUUAUAUUAAGAGUUAGUUUUAAUAAGGUGAAAAUCAUUAUUGCGUUGUGCCCUUGCUGCAUAAAAGUUURUUCUGGUGAGAGUAGUAAUGUAAUUGCUUACUCACUAUCUACUCGGGAUUCAGUCUAGUUUUGCUAGAAUUAGUUGAACGUCUGUCCUCGAUCGGCUCACGCCUGCCACCRCCAUCAGUUUCUCUUCAGUGAUUGAAAAUAUAAAAUCAGUCACGAAUGUUUCCAGCGAGCCAUCAGCCACCGAAACACCGGUCAACAGUAAUCCUGGAAGAUCCAGUUGCUCUCUAACCAUCACAUCGCCUUUCUUUGACAUCAAAACUGCCAUUSAUUUCGAAUUUGAACCGUAGAAAACCAUCUAUCUCUUUGCAAGACCUAAGAAACCAAAAUGUCCGAGAAAGCUUUCCCCCUUGCAGAUGCCGACUUGACGGUCGCCCUCUUGGACCUUGUCCAACAAGCAACCAACUACAAGCAAACCAAGAAAGGAGCCAACGAAGCUACGAAGACUUUGAAUCGCGGUAUUUCUGAGCUUAUUAUCAUGGCAGCGGAUGCCGAGCCCAUCGAAAUUYUGCUUCAUUUACCUCUCUUGUGUGAAGAUAAGAAUGUUCCAUAUGUCUUUGUCCCUAGGUAUGUGAAGUGUCACCAAAAUACGUGACAGACAAAAAUGUUAGAAGAUUGCCUCUCACGUAAUUUUAUUUUUCUCGUUUACCUUUUUUUCACUUCCCGCAAACAGUAAAGUAGCUCUUGGACGCGCUUGUGGAGUGUCUCGUCCGGUGAUUUCUUGCUCUAUUACUACAAACGAAGCAUCCCAGCUUAAGAGCACGAUUGAUGGUAUGAAAAUCAAGAUCGAACAACUCUUGCUGUAAAAWCUGGAUUUUGUAMGGUGCUGGGACAUMCUUUAAGAAUGACG